AUGAAGAACCCAGUCAAGCAAAUGUUCCCAGAGCUCGAGGGCUUCCUCGACUACGUGAAAGAUAUUGCAGAGAGCUCUGGCCGAUGGGUCAACUGGCAAAUCAUCCGCGGCAAGCGACAUGUGUGGUGGGAGACUGACCGGGACGUACUAUCUCGAUGGGCGCAAUCGAUUAUCGAAACAGAAGAGCGCCUACGCGAAAUCACCCAACACGAGAGAUUCGUCAAGGACUGUAUCCAGAAAGUCGACGCCCGAUCCGACGAAGCAGCCAAAACUAUUCUGACGGAUUGGAUCGAGGAUAUGAUAUCGCUGGACUAUGAGUACUUACGCCUUGAGCGCAUAUACGACACCAUGGUGGCGGGUUGUCCGGUCAGCCCUAUCAAGAGUGGAUAUCUGUGGAUUCGAAAACAGCCGCAGUGGCAUCUUAGGAUCCACCAAUCCAGAGACCAGAUAGUUCUAUUCCCCACCCCAUCAGCCGACCCCAACGAUCCCCUCAAUUGGUCAACAUCUCGCAAAGUCCUCAAUUUCACCCUAGUCAGCUUCUUCGUGCUAUGGACUUUUGUACAACUUGACAUCGGCUUCACAGCAUGGGGCCCAAUGCAAGAAGAGCUCAAUUUCUCACUCGAUGUACUAAACGCCGGAUCAGCCAUCAACUACGGCGGUCUCGCCGUAGGCUGCAUUUUCUUCAUGCCCCUAGUCCACAAGUACGGCCGACGUCCAGUCUACAUAUUCAGCGUCUCUCUGCAGUUCGCAUCAUGCAUCUGGCAGGCCCAGACAUACAUAAGCGGGGAUCUAAUGGGCAGUAACCUGAUCUCCGGCAUCGGCGGUGCAAUCAGCGAGAUUAUCGUGCAAGUUACCAUCGCAGAUAUGUUCUUUGUGCACCAGCAUGCCACGAUGAACGGAUGGUAUGUCAUUGCCGAAACGACAGGAGCUUUCCUUGGUCCCGUGGCAUCGGGAUACAUUGUCGUCGCACAAGGGUGGAGGUGGAUGUGGUGGUGGUGUGUCAUUUUCUUCGGCGUCACACUCCUCUGUGUGAUAUUCCUUUUCGAGGAAUCGAAAUACAUCCCCAUUUUGGAUGGCCGUGACGUUGCCCGGGAUGCACAGGUGACUGGAUUACCGUCCGAGCCGCCCAAGGACGGGGACGUGGUAGAUGCAAAGGGCGCCAAUGAGAACGUCGUGAGUCGCGCACCGACCAACCCGGAUAUUCAGAUGAAGACAUAUUUCCAGCGGAUGGCCUUGGUGACCACCACUGACGAAUCGGUGUGGCCGCAUUUCUAUCAACCAAUCGUGGCGCUCUUUACCUUCCCGGCUGUUGCGUACGCGGCUAUCACAUACGGUUUUACGCUGGCCGUGUUUGCGAUCAUGACUUCGCUACAGGCGUCUUAUAUGAUUCUGCCGCCUUAUAACUUCGAUGCUGCUGGAAUCGGACUCAUGAAUGUGGCUCCAUUUGUUGGCGCUGUUCUCGGUUUCCCCUUUGGUGGACAUUUGAGCGAUAAAUCGAUUUUGUGGUUAUCCAAGCGCAAUGGUGGUAUUUAUGAACCGGAGAUGCGUCUUUGGCUUGCUCUUCCUAUCGCCAUUGUUUGCCCGGCGGGAAUCCUGUUGUUUGGCUUGGGGAUUAGCUAUGGUGCGCACUGGGCUAUUCUUGCUGUGGGAUUCGCAUUUUAUGGAUUUUCACUUGCUGCCAUCAGCGGUAUCACGCUUUCUUACCUCAUGGAUUGCUAUCAGGAUAUUAUUGGUGACGCAUUAGUCGGAGUGAUUUUUAUGCGAAACAUCUUCUCGGUGAUUGUACUUUUUGUCUUAACGCCUUGGGUUGAGGCGAUGGGCAUGCGAGACUUGCAUAUUUUGGUUACAGUCGUUGCGUUUGUGAUCUACUUGAUCCCUAUCCCACUUCUCAUCUGGGGUAAGAACGCUAGGAUUGCUACAGCGCCGAGUUACAGGAAAAUGGCUGCAAAUCAGCUUAGCCACCGGACUAUCUAG